UGGACAUUCGCAAGUGAAGAUGGCGAACUGGUGUGUACGUGCGGUCAGACAGAGCUAUACUGUUAUAGCAUCCUCUGCAUUUUUAAGGGCAACCCCACGUCUCCUUUGCACAGCAACCCAGCAGAAAAGUCCAGGGUCUGGAACUGAAGAGGAGAAUGUGGCUCAGAAACCACAGCCCAGUGCGGCAGAGAAAUCCUUGACAGAAGAAAAGAUGCAACUGGAAGAACAGCUUAAAGAUGUUACUGACAGAUACAAGCGGGCGCUAGCAGACACGGAGAACCUUCGGCAACGGAGUCAAAAGAUGACUGAUGAUGCUAAACUCUAUGGAAUCCAGGGCUUUUGCAAAGAUCUGUUAGAAGUAGCCGACAUCUUGGAGAAGGCGACAGAAAGUGUACCCCAAUCAGAAGUAACGGCAGCAAAUCCUCACCUGAAAAAUCUUUACGAUGGUCUUGUAAUGACUGAGGUACAGAUCCAAAAGGUUUUCAGUAAACAUGGCCUUAUUAAGCUUAACCCUGAUGGUCAGAAAUUUGAUCCUUAUGAGCAUGAGGCGGUCUUUCAUGCACCUGUGGAGGGCAAGGAGCCAGGCACCGUAGCCGUAGUUACUAAAGUGGGUUACAAGCUGCAUGGGCGCACCCUACGGCCAGCUCUGGUGGGUGUGGUCAAAGCCCCCUAACUGGUUGUGUACACUGUGGUUGUGAUGGGUUAUUGCCUAAAAAACAGAUGAGCUCUUGCUAGUUAGCUCGUCACCAAGUUCCAUCUCUUUUGCUAAAGGUGCCUCUGAGAGGCAAAAUCGGAAGGAUUGACAACUAAAGGACAAUGCCAGACUAAUCAAGCUGAAGUUAAGUAAUUCGAAUUAUAAAUAUAAAUAAAAACAACAGUUCAUGGGAAUAUUUUAAGAGCUUAGUAAGUGUGUUUGUGUGAGUGGUAGAAGAUACACAGAAUCUUUGAUUAGCUGCAGCAAUUUUGCAGCAGUUGUGGAUCAGCAUCAUUCCAGGGGCUCUUGUGAUUUAAAACACUUGCCAGGAACAAACGCUGCUUUUUAUUACAACGUGUAUUGAACACUGUUACUUAUUUGCUCUUAAAAAUAAAUACUAAAAACAAACAGUUCAUCAUGUACUCUAAUCUAUGGAUUCAGUCAACAGAUUCCAGAUGUUUCAUUUAGUUUUUUUGUAUUUGUUAUGUUCAGACAUACUGCAACAUUUUAUCAAAAAAUGUGUAUGAUUUUGUCAUUAGUGUACCAGCAGCCGGACUUGCGGCCAAAGUUUUAUUCUGCCCAGAUCUGAUAAAAUAUUUGCUGUAGUGGAGUUCACGUAAGCACACCCUAAUCAAUAAAAAUUCUGAAUGAAUUCUGACAGCCCUAAAGUAAAAAAAAACUGAUUCAGUAAAGAUUUGGAGGAAGGGUGGCCUUGUGAUGCUGAGGUCUGUUUUGUAUGAGGUUAUAUGAAAAGGUGUUUGUUAUAUGAAUGCACUGAUUGUGAUCUAACAAAUAUAAAUCUACAUUAUACAUUAGAUUUUGAGGUAAAGUAUUAUUUUACACCCAGAUUCAGUUUGUCCAUCUGCAGAAGCAAUCAGACUCUUUCCAAUAAAGCUGUAUCUCUUUUCAAA